AUUGUAUCAUUGUCUCGUCUGUAUUUUACCAGUCUAGACGUUGGUCUAGUCUUUAGUGUCGCCUUUUGGGGGUUAUUUCGUCUUUACUGCAGAUGUUUUCUUGUUUUAGUUGUCAUCGCAGUUAAGGUUUAGAGUUCUUAGAGAAAACAAUUACCACUAUGAAGAUUUUAUUGGUUUACAUUUUGUUUUGUGUAGGCUUGAAUGUUGCAGAGGAAACCCAACUCAUCAGAAUUCCUAUGGAAAGAAUGGAAACAGGUUUGGAGAAGUUACUGAGACGCGGAGCUGACUUAAAGUUGAUCGAAGGUAUUUAUGACAUGCAACGCAGAGCAGCCAAGCCAAGCCGACUGGUGAUGCAAAACGGCAAACCUAUACCAACCAACGACACUCUGCCACUCUUCAAAUACUUUGAUACUCAAUAUUACGGUCUAAUCAACAUUGGCAAGCCAGGAAAGACAUUCAAGAUGGUGAUGGACACGGCUUGGGCAUUCACCUGGGUCCCCUCUGUAGAAUGCCCACUCACCAGUAUAGCUUGUGCUCGACAUGAAAGAUACGAUCAUAAGGGAUCUUCUACUUACAAAGAAGAUGGAACACCAUUUAACAUAUCAAACAAAUACAUAGGUUACCUAUCCAAUGAUCUAUUCUUGGUAGGCCAGAUGAAUGUCACAGGUCAGAAGUUUGCAGAACUCAACCACAUACCAUGGAUAUACGCUCUGUAUGAAGCAGAUGGAACUCUUGGACUAGGAUUUGAUAAACUGUCUCCCAAUGUCACUCCUUUGUUCUACAACUUCUACACCCAGAAUAAUCUUGCUCCAAUAUUUUCUUUCUAUGUAAACAGAGAUCCUACUACAAAACGAGGAGGCUCUGUCUUCUUUGGAGGAAUCGAUUUUAAACACAAUAAAACAGCGUUCACUACUGUAGACGUCAUUUCAAAAUACUAUUGGCAGUUCAAAAUGGACAAAGUCACUCUAGUGAUGAGCAAGAAGAGCCAGCAAGAGUACUGUAAGGGUGGAUGUUAUGCUCUUGCUGACACCAGCGCCAACACAAUCGUAGGUCCCCCAGCCGAGGUAAAUGACAUCAACCGACUCAUCGGAGCCACCGAGAUCUUUUUUUCAAAUCGAUUCAUGAUACCAUGCAUCAAUGAGUUUAAGGGUCCAAAGGUCAAGUUUACUAUUGCUAACCAGGAGUUCCAGAUCCUUGCUAGAGAUUACAUCCAGAAGAUCUCCUACUCCGGGAUCACACUUUGUCUGUCCGCAUUCCAGCCUGCCGAGCCGUCCGCUGCCAACAACACCUGGGUCUUGGGAGGAGCAUUCCUCUACCAAUACUACACGGCAUACGACAUCGUAAAGAGGAAGAUAAUGAUUGCCGAGGCAGCUUAAGAGAGUAUCUUAUAUUUCCAUGUUGAGCGGAGUCACAUGACAAUUUUACUUAUAUGACUGAUACCUACUGUAUUUGUUUUUAUCACAUUAUUCAAUCAUUAUAUUAAGUAGGCCUAUAACAUAGUUUUAUAUACUCAGGUCACUUGUAUAGUAUAUUUCAUCACUCCGUAAAGUGACUAUUUUCAACCCAAGCUCAAGUUUCACAACCGAGGUGGUCCAUGCAAGGGUUAAUAAGACACUUUUUGCCCUUGAGAUGAACUAUAUUUUUUGUCACAUUGUUACAUUAAGCAUUUGGUAAUUGAUUAAAAUAAUUGUGUAUCUAUUACAAUAAAUUGUGUGAGUGUAGCCUACAUUAUACCAUAGAUUAAGGGAGUAGACACUCCUUUAAAAGAUCAACUCCUGUCAAUCCAUGAUUAUACUAACAAUAUAAUAUUAAUCUAUCCACUAAUCUAUCUAUCUACUAACUAUUGAUAAGAAUGCAAAAAUAAACUGCAACCAAUUAAAUCACUCGAUAAAUAAUUUUGAUAUAUAAAAUUGCUUAUUAUUGAAGUUUGCAACUAAGUUUACUACAUUUGACUUUUACUCCCUAGGAUGUAUGGGGUUAAAAUGUUUUGUACUCCCUAGGGACUAAAUGAUCUGCCUUAGAUCUGCAAUGAUAAUUAGACCAAUUCAUUAAUUACAAGGAAAACCGUGGUUUGGAUUCCACUUAUCUGUUGGUCCCUUAGUUGCUAUUGGCUGUAUGGGCUAUUAUUAACAGUUGUGUCUAAGGAACAUGUCGCCUUAGUCACUAACAAGACAACAAGAUCGUGCCACUCACCCUACACUCAUAUUUGGGUUCAAAUAUGCAUAUAGUGGCGUCCCAUCACAAUCUUAAAUAAUUGAUUGAUUAAAUUUAAUUGCUACACAUGGAGGCUUAUAAAAAACUUGUUUUUGCUACAGUGUGACGAAAAAAAUAUUUUAAUAUCAGUGUUUAGGUUAAGUUUCUACUUACUCAAAUUAUUGUAUUACAAUUAAAUUUGGGUAGUUCAAAUAACUAGUCACAUGGUAAGCAAUAAUUAAUUGUAAUAAUUUUUAUACUUAAUAAAAAUCAUGUUUUGUAAAA